AUGUCAGUCAGCCAAUUUGCAAAAGAUGCUGCUCUGCACUUUUCUGUAAAUUUCCCAGUUCAGGUGUUUAUUCACGAUGUCAAAGAAGUGAUGUUUCUAAACAGCAAAGCCCCAGUCUUAGACCCUGACAGCUCUCUAAGGUUGCUCUACAGUGUGAGAGAAACUGUGGUGGACAUUUCAGCAAGAGAGCUCUCUACUGAACAGAGAGGGUGUGUGGUGGAGGGGGAGAGAAGUGUCCAAGGUUACCCAGUGUACAGUCGCAGCAGCUGUCAGACGGCUUGUCUAGCUCAACAUCAGCUGUCUGUGUGUGGCUGUCAUCAUCACCUGCUACCAACACCAGAUAACUCCAGGUAUUGUGACCUGAAAGGACUUCAGUGUAUAGAUGACGAUUUCAGGAAUAAAAACCAAACAAAAACAAGGAAAAGAUCAAACAUGUACAAGAAAUGUGAGUGUCUACAAUCCUGCGACCAGCAAGAAGUUAAAGUUAUAUGGGGCAGAUUGAAACGAAAUGAAUCUGAUGCCACCAUCCACAUUCAACUAGCUGCCCCACCAACAGAGCGUUUGGUUCUGAAAUCUAGAGUUAACUUCUUAGACAUUCUGGUUGGGUUUGCUUGUUUCACGCGCCUGUUCACUAGCAUCAGUUUACUUGAUGUCAUCUUGCUUCUGUUCACAUGGAUGUAUCCUAGAAAAGGAAUGUUUCAAACACAGCAUGGAGUGAGAUGAAGCAAGGACAAAGAGGAGUGAGCAUUGUGUCUGGUUGCUAUAUACACACAGGAAUUUUGCUACCAACUUUUUAUAUCAAGUAAAACAAAAUGUAAUAUUUCUUAUUUAUCCUUCCUGAAAUUUGUAAAGCUUGUAUAUCUUGCCCCAAUACACCCCUGAUGAUAUGGUUAACUUCCAUUUAUAAGAAAUAAAAAAAAAGUUUAAGCCUUUUCAUAGUCGCCUUAGUUGCGUUUUGUUAAAAACAUGGUCCAGUGCCAAGCAUUUAAAUAAAAAAGUACAAGCUAAAACAACAACAUUAACAAUAACAAAUUGCAAAACAAUAGUUAAGCAAUAUCCUAAAUUCUAUAAAUAAGUGCAAAUACUUGCUGUUAAAGUAAAAGAAAUAAAACCAAGCAAAAACAUAGAAUAAAACCAAUAUCCUAAGUAUAGAAUAAUUUUGU